GUCUCCUCGCUGACCGGGAGAGGCGCGUUGGUCGACGAGAGCAUAGCGAUCGAGGUACGCGAUGCCGUCAAACGAUUCGGCUCGGUGACCGCGCUCGCCGGGGUGAGUCUGACGAUCCGGGACAACGAGUUUUUCACGCUGCUCGGGCCUUCGGGCUGCGGCAAGACCACCCUGCUUCGCCUGAUCGCAGGCUUCGAGGACAUCACCGAGGGGACCAUUCUCCUCUACGGCGAGGAACUCGGCGACCUCCCCCCCAACAAACGCCCGAUCAACACCGUCUUCCAGCACUACGCGCUCUUUCCCCACAUGACGGUGGCGGAGAACGUGGCCUUCGGCAUGCGGAGGCUCGGCUGGAGCAAAGCCGAUAUCGAGGACCAGACCGCCCGCAUCCUGGACCUCGUGAAGCUGGGCGACCUCGCAGCCCGCAGACCGUCUCAGCUCUCCGGCGGCCAACAGCAGCGGGUGGCACUGGCGCGGGCGAUGGCACCUGGGCCCCGGGUGCUUCUGCUCGACGAGCCGCUGUCAGCGCUCGAUUUGAAGCUGCGGCAGGCGAUGCGCAUCGAGCUGAAGCAGAUCCAGAAGGAUACCGGCAUCACCUUCGUCUUCGUCACCCACGACCAGGAGGAAGCACUGACGAUGUCGGACCGCAUCGCCGUGAUGUCGGCGGGCGAGAUCCGGCAGGUGGGGACGCCGCACGAAAUCUAUGAGGCGCCCGUCGAUCGCUUCGUGGCCAACUUCAUCGGCGAGACCAACGUCCUCGACGUGACCGUGCAGCGGGGGCCGGACGGCGCCUACACGUGCCGCCUGAGCAACGGCGCGGUGUUUCCGUGCCAAGCCGCCGGCACUCCGCCGGAGGACGGGGCCACCGCGCAUGUGCUGAUCCGGCCCGAGCGUCUGUCUUUUGUUGCUGCAGAACAGGUUGAUCGCGGCCUCACGGGCGUGAUCAACCAGACCGUCUAUCUCGGCACCGACAUCCAGUACGGCGUCCGGCUCGACGGAGGGCCUGACGUGAUGGUCCGCGCGCAAAAUGCCGGUGAGGACGUGAGGCCUUACCAGUCCGGCGACCGGGUGGGCCUCACCAUCGCCCCCGGCGCCGCCCGGCUGCUGGUGGACUGA